CUGAUUGGCCCGCGUCUGUCACAUGACCGCGGAAGAAGAGGACUCGGCCGCUGAAAGAAGGGAUCCCUUGCAGCCGUCAGGAUGCAGAGCACCACCAACUACCUGUGGCUCAUCUCAGACCUGCUGGGUCAGGGAGCGACAGCCAACGUUUACCGCGGCAGACACAAGAAAACUGGGGACCUGUACGCCGUCAAAGUGUUUAACAACCUGAGCUUUUUGAGGCCGCUGGACGUCCAGAUGAGAGAGUUCGAGGUUCUGAAGAAACUCAACCACAAGAACAUCGUCAAACUCUUCGCGGUGGAGGAAGAGUCCAACACCCGUCACAAGGUCCUGGUGAUGGAGUAUUGUCCCUGCGGAAGUCUCUACACGGUGUUAGAGGAGUCGUCCAACGCUUACGGGCUUCCUGAGGACGAGUUCCUCAUAGUUCUGCACGACGUGGUGGCAGGUAUGAACCACCUGAGAGAGUACGGUAUCGUUCACCGGGACAUCAAACCAGGAAACAUCAUGCGUGUGAUCGGAGAGGACGGACGGUCCGUCUACAAACUGACAGACUUUGGAGCAGCCAGAGAGCUGGAGGACGACGAGCAGUUUGUGUCUCUGUACGGCACCGAGGAAUACCUGCACCCCGACAUGUACGAGCGGGCUGUGCUGAGAAAAGACCACCAGAAGAAAUAUGGAGCCACGGUGGAUCUGUGGAGCAUCGGAGUCACGUUUUACCACGCCGCCACCGGCAGCCUCCCGUUCAGACCGUUUGAAGGACCACGCAGGAACAAGGAAGUCAUGUAUAAAAUCAUCACAGAGAAACCGUCUGGGACGAUCUCCGGGCUUCAGAAGUGUGAGAACGGGAAGAUCGAGUGGAGCACAGAGAUGCCGGUGUCCUGCAGUCUGUCCAAGGGUCUGCAGAGCCUCCUGACUCCGGUGCUCGCCAAAAUCCUGGAGGCCGAUCAGGAGAAGUGUUGGGGCUUCGACCAGUUCUUCGCUGAGACCAACGACAUCCUGCACCGGACCGUGGUCUACGUGUUCAGUCUGCAGCAGGCAACGCUGCACCACAUUUACAUCCACGAAUACAACACGGCGGCGCUGUUCCAGGAGCUGUUGACCCGCAGGACCAGCAUCCCGCUGCACAACCAGGAGCUGCUGUACGAGGGCCGCCGCCUCGUCCUGGACCCCAACCGCCAGACGCAGUCCUUGCCCAAAACCUCCAGAGACAACCCGAUCAUGCUCGUCAGCCGCGAGUCCGUCGCCACUGUGGGACUAAUCUUCGAAGACCCUAGUCCUCCUAAAGUUCAGCCUCGCUACGAUCUGGAUCUGGACGCCAGCUACGCAAAGACUUUUGCAGGUGAUGUUGGACAUUUAUGGAAAACUUCAGAGUCUCUGCUGGUCUAUCAGGAACUAGUACGGAAAGGAGUUCGUGGUUUAAUCGAGCUGAUGAAGGAGGACUACAGUGAGAUUCAACACAAGAAGUCGGAGGUUUUCCAUCUUUGUAGUUACUGCACACAGAUCCUGGAGAAGACUGAACAGCUGUUUGAGGUGCUGAUGCGGGCCAACGUGAUGUCAUCAGAAUACGACGAGAUCGCAGACAUGCACAAGAAAGUUCUCAGAAUCUCCAGCUCUUUGGAGCCCAUUGAACGAACAACACAAGACAUCAAGAGUAAAUUUCUCCCAGGAGGCCUGCUGACUGACCUCUGGACACAACAAGUGGGGACACACCCCGAGGACAGGAAUGUGGAGAAAAUCAAAGUGCUGCUGGACGCCAUCACGGCCAUCUACCAACAGUUCAAGAAGGACAAGGCAGAAAGACGUCUGCCGUACAACGAAGAACAGAUCCAUAAAUUUGACAAACAGAAGUUGGUCCUUCACGCCGGUAAAGCCAGAUCGCUGUUCACCGAGGAGUGUGCCAUGAAGUAUCGUCUCUUCAUCUCUAAGAGUGAAGAGUGGAUGAGGAAGGUUCAUCACGUGAAGAAGCAGCUUCUCGGUCUGUCCGGUCAGCUGAUCAGCACCGAGAAGGAGGUGACCAUGCUGAUGGAGAGAGCCAUCAAGCUUCAGGAACAGCUGCCUCAGAAAGUUCUUCCUCUGGUGUCCAGUGGGAUGAAGCCUCAGUCAGCCUACCUGAGUCAGAACACGCUGGUGGAGAUGACACUCGGGAUGAAGAAGCUGAAGGAAGAGAUGGAGGGAGUGGUCAAAGAGCUGGCAGAGAACAACCACUUCUUAGAGAGGUUCGGGACUUUGACGCUGGACGGAGGUCUGAGAGGCUGAGAGACACAAUUGUUGUAAAUAUUCAGUGUGUUUAUCUUGUAAAUAACUUGAGACUGUAAGACGAAGCUUUUUGUAUGAAGGCGCUGUUACUCUCCUGCAGACUCGCUCGGCCUCAAAUGCUUUGUUUACCUGAUGGUCAGUCAACAAACUCAGAACUAUUUCAUUAACUCUUAACUUACCCUUGAAAACACAGCAAUCACUUAAUUAGCCAAUAAAAUACUGUAGAUUCUAUUGGACACUUAACUGUCCCCUUAAUUUAAACAUUAAUGUGGAAUAUUUGACAAAUCCAAUAAUGAUAAAAUCAAGGUGCUAUUUAGGGUUAAGGGAUUCUGUGUUAAUGAUUUAUAUUUUAAGAGAUUCUUAUUGAUUUAAAGCAAUAUAUACAUUAAUGUCUUUUCUUUGGGCAUAAAAAAACCCCUUAAAUUUUAAAAAUCGACAUUACAGGUCCCCCUUUGUUUAUACCUAAAUCGCUAAUUCAUUUUUACAUUUAAACAUGGAAUUAAUACUGAAUAAGAAUCUCUUAAAAUUUAACAAUUAACUUGUAGUUAAAAGUCUAGCGUACACCUUAAAUCUUAAAACCUUACAUUCAUCAUUCAUGGAUUUGACAAAUACUAAAAAGUUGAUGUGUACAUUAGAAUCUACUUCAUUUAGUUAAUUAAGGUCUUGAAACUAAAGUGUUAAAGGAUUUUCCUUUGUUAAAUUAAUGGACAAAUUAAGGACUUCGGGCUAACAGAAUAUGUUGAUUCAGAUUAAAGGUGUAAAUUAAGGAUUAUUAUGUCAUGGUGACUGUAAUAAAUACAGGUUUUAUGCAUGUUUGAGUUUUACUACAAAGUGUCUUUGGAGUAAAAACUCCUUAAAAUGAACACUGUAAAGUUAUAGGCACCCUUAAAAUGGACCAAAUAAUAUUUUGAACUGAAUUUUAAAUUCAAAUUCAUAAUUUAAAUAUCAAGAAUUAAGGGGUUUCAGUCCCUUAAAAGGGCCUUCAACUGUGCAGAUAAUCCUUUAAAAAUACAUUAAUCAUCUCCUCCCUUAACUAUUAAUGGGUAAGAAUUUUACGGGACUAAGUUGAAAAAUGCUGAUUAUAUUAGAUGUUUAUUUAUUGUUCUAAAAGGGCGAUCAAUAAUCAUUAUGAGUUUAUUAGCUUGUCACAUUUUCUCUCCAGACAAGAAGUUGCUGGUCGAUCAUUUGUAACUUGCAGAAAUACCUCCUGCCCGUUCACCUCAGAUCAUCUUCACCUUUUACUCGUUAGAAGAUGUUCAUGUUCGGUUUUGUUAAUGUUUUGUUUUGUCAACAUUGAAAAUGCUCAAUGACAUGUAAAUAAAUAAAUAUAAAAAAA